UUCACAGCCGCCAUCGUCGGCGCCUCCAUGGCGUGUGCUGCCGCGGAGCACAUCGAGGCGUUGGGAGAAGGCGCUCUGCUGCAUGGGCCCGAGCCGCAUCGCAUGGCCUCUGUCAAGGCUCCGCACCGCACAGCAAAUGCUGGUCUCGCCCUGUGGUCCGUGGGCCGGAGCUGGCUGCUGGCAUGCCUCCAGAAGGAGCAGCACCGCCUGCUGCUGCUGUGCCGCGCGGUGCUGUGGUGCUGCCUCGCCGUGGCCUGCAUCGCGCCGUCGGGGAGCGCCGUCGGCCCGUGGGGCGGGCACUUCGCGCUCGUCACUGCGGCGGCGACGGGCGCGCUCACCCUCUGUCUCUCGCUUAUGCGGAGGGACGCCUCGCUGCUGGCAGCCUUUCUGCACGCAGACGUGGUCUGCCUCGGCAUCGCCGUCUGGGUGGUCGGCGCGAGGCGGCGGCUGUCGAGGGAUGGAGACUGCCCGUGGGACGCGUCCGCCUGCCCCGACUGGAGGAAGGCGCUGCGCAAGGUGUCGCUCUACGCGGGCGUCGGCGCGCUCGUCCCCAUGGCGUACCUCGGCCUGCCCUUGUCACGCAGCUCGUCUCUAUGGCGGGCAGCCGGCCGCACGUACGAGGAGUCGAUUGGCUUCCACAGGGCGAUUGGGCACGGCAUGAUGGCUCUGCUCUCGCUGCACGCCGUCGGCUACCUCUCCGCCUGGCUCUCCGAGUCGCUCGAGAAGCUUGUCGAGGAGCUAUCGGACUGGCUGGACUGCGCCGGCUGCACCGGGAUCAACAACCUCGCAGGGCUGAUCAGCUGGUCCUGCGGCGCGCUGCUCUGGGCCGCCUCGCAGCACUUUGCAUUCUACGGCGCC